AUUAGUGUCGGUAACAUCGCUAUUCAGUGGUAACCUAUUACCAGGAUAACGUAUUAACAGUAACACCCUGUUAUUUUAGUAACAGGGGGCUGAAUGAUUUGGUGUUCUCAUAACGUCUUUCUAGUAUUAGGUUACUCAGUAAACUCGUUGCUGAGAAACAGCCGAGGCUAUUACCAUGCAAGCAAUGAAGAUAGGAUCAGAGUUCUGGUAACGCUUGUCUGGUUUACGUUACUGAGAAACCAAUAACAUAGUGGAGUGAGCUGGAUUGUACGGGUGGGAAUAAAAUAUCAGAUUGAAAUAAAUAAUGAUAAAUAAAUCAAAUAUAUUUAGCAAAUAAGAAACAUAACUUGUUUCUGGAAAAAAUUAAAACAAACCUAACUUAUUAUCAUUCAAUUGCUCGUUCUCAUGUAUCAUUAAUUAUUAUAAGUAGCCUAUUUAACCUCUUAACGCCCACUGUGCCAAAUUUGUCACAUACCCAUUUUAUGCAUGUAGUAUAGUGUCAGAAUGAAAAUUACAACCUUAAAUGCCCAUUGUGACACAUAUGGAACUAUUUUCAAUAAUUUACUGUACUGUGCUGUUGCCUGGUGGCAGUUAUGUGAACUACAGCCAGUGAGCAGAUCUACCAUACACAGUAAACACCAAUUCUUCAUAACCUCUAAGUCUUCAUACCUGUAUUUAGCAGAAAAAAAGUAAGUACCCUUUUUAUAAAAUAUGGUCUAGUUUACAUAGUUAACUGAAAGUGUGUUACAGUAGUUUUAGUUCAUAAAAUAUGUCUAGUUUAUGUUUUAUGAUGCUUUUUAGGUUUGUGCCAAAUUUGUCACAUUGGGCACAACUGUAAAACUGCAGUUUUUCAGUUCGUCCCAAAAAUGGCACAUUGGGCAUUAAAGUCAACCUACAAGCUUUUUGUACAACAAUGUUUAUUUUUGUCAGAUGUCACAUUGUCGACUAAGAAGACAUAACAACACAACUUCGCUUUUACCCCCCGAUGACAGUGAAGACAGUUUGGUGGAUGACUCAGAUGAGGAUCCAGAUUACACCCCUGGCCGUGACAAAAAGAACAAGUUAGCCUUAUUUUUGAACAAUGCAGCGAGCUCCAGUGAUGUCACAGAUGAAGACGAAGAGAACAUCCCUUCAACGUCUACAGCCACAAAAAAGAAGAUUCCAAAAAAACCAGCACCUGCUUGGAAUGAAGUGAAUCCAGAUAACAGUGAGAAACCUUCUCCGCCAAUGCUAGAAUUAAGUAACGAACAUGUACUUCAGUCUCCAGUUGACUACUUCAAAGAUUUUUUUUGACAAUGACCUUUUAACUUUGAUUGCUACUCAGUCAAACUUGUAUAGUGUCCAAAAAAAUCCGAAUAAACCCUUGAAUACCUCAGAGAAGGAAGUAGAGCAGUUUAUAGGCAUUUGCAUCUACAUGAGCA